CACCAACCUCCAAACUUCAACGCCAUGGAGGACGGCUCGCUCCCGGUGUUCCGCGCGCCGAAACGUCGGAGGUUCUUGCGCAAAACAAUCACCGAAGACACUAAUGAUGGUUUCGAAACCGCAACACCCGAGUCUGCUGCUAUUCCGCCAUCGCAAACAUUCACUGAGGGCCACCAUGACCCUGUCUUGAGCGUGGCUGAGAUUGUCCGGGCCCGAAAGCGCCCUAGCCAUCGGAUAAAGAAUGUCUACGUCUCAAGCACUCUUCAGAAGGCAGUGCAUGCAGAUUCAGCGGAGGCGCUGGUGAAGACGGACGGGCAGAGGCACAACUCAUAUACUGAUCGUUUCGUUGCGCAAACCGGACAUGUUGUGCACGAUAAACAGAUGACUGCAUAUAUAGAAGCACGCAUGGCUGAAAAGAAUGCGCUUGAAUAUGGCUGGCCAACCCCUACGACCAUCGCAAGCUCCUUAGCCCCGGUGUCGACCUCGAACACUAUUGCGAACAAUCCUUCAUCGGCAACAAGUCCAUCCGGCACUAUCGCGGUUGCUACUGCAAAGGCAGAGGACAAAGGUAGCGCGAGUGGUCAACACGACGCUCGCCUAGCCGCUGGCAUGGGCAAGCUACAAGAGGUCGACCUGGGGCCGGACGCGGUAACGACGAAUGUCGAGCGCACGGAAGCGGCCCUGCGGUUUGCGCGUGGAGAAGCACCUCCUCCGCAACAAGAGACCACGAACCGAAAAUCCCGACGCCGUAGACGUCAAGAGAAGGCAAGGAAUCCAGAGGAUGUGCGGAGAGACCAGUUGGUGGAGCAGGUUCUCCGAGAAGCAAAACUGGACUACUAUGAUGAAGAAGCGACUGCGGAGGAGGCUUCAGGUGUCAACCAAGCUACCGACGAGGUCCUUGCAGAGAGAUUCCGCCGAGAGUUCCUCGAAUCCCUCGAGUCUCGGAAUCCACGCAAGCCCGCUCCACCCCCGACACAGAAGGGCGCAAAGGAACAGCAGAAGCCUGGACGGAAGCUAGGAGGAUCGAGGAGUGCAAGAGCGGCGAUGAGGUCCCAAGAAGAGCAGGCUGCAAAGAAUAAGAAGUAAGCGAUAUCCUGACGCGACUUAUCGGCCCCUUAUGUUUUGCGUUUCGUGUUUUAUCCUCUAGGUUAUUUUUUUUUUGGCUUUGGUUUGGGUGUGUUGUUCUGAUUCUUAUGAAGAAUUUGAUUAAUCUAGCAAAUGUGAAUCUAGGACUAGGGAUGUGCUGGCAGAGCAUGAUCCGGGCAAUGUUAUUGUUACGAAUAAGCUGGGUAACCUGGGAGCGUGGUAUAUGAGGAAGUGAAGGGGGUUUGACCAAGUUAUUGACCAGUUAGAAUUCCUGGAAAAGGAUUCCCAUCUGAUAUUUGGUAUUCGGUCUUGGGAGCAGAUGCACUUCCACCUAUGGACUGACCAGGCCUUUUGGAUGGGAGUUGCUAGAAUCUAGGAUACGACACCUUGAAAAUACUUAGGAAAUCAGCAAGGCCG